AUGGCUUCGUGGUUUGGCAACGCCGCCAACACCGAGCUCGACGCCCAGAUCGAACGCGCGACAUCGAGUUCGUUAGAGGAUAUCGCGCUCAACCUCGAGAUCAGCGAUGUCAUCCGCAGCAAGACAGCGUCGCCCAAAGAGGCCAUGCGGAGCCUCAAACGCCGCAUAGGCAACAAGAACCCCAACGUCCAACUCGCCGCCUUGAACCUCACCGAUACCUGCGUCAAGAACGGCGGCACUCACUUCAUCGCCGAGAUUGCCAGCAGAGAGUUCAUCGAAAACCUCACCAGCAUCCUCAAGGCCAGCGGUUACGCCGAGCCCAACAACGACGUCAAGUCAAAGAUUCUUGAGCUGAUUCAGAACUGGGCAUCUGCCGCACAGGGCCGAGAUAGUCUUUCAUACAUCUCUGAGACGUACAGGACGCUCCAGCACGAAGGGUUCCGCUUCCCGCCGAAGGAAGAGGUCGCUAGCAGCAUGUUCGACUCCUCCGCCCCUCCUGAGUGGGUGGACAGUGACGUUUGCAUGCGAUGCAGAGAGAAAUUCACAUUCACAAAUCGGAAGCACCACUGUCGAAAUUGUGGAAACGUCUUCUGUGGCACAUGCUCGAGCAAGUCGCUGCCGCUACCACAUCUCGGAAUUAUGCAGCCUGUGAGGGUCGAUGAUGGAUGUUACGCGAGACUGACGGAGAAGAGUCGGGGAACACCUGCACCACAGAGUCCAAUUGGCAGUAAGAGAACGUUAUGGCAAGGAUCUAGCGUUGGGCAAGAAAGAAUGCAACCACGAGGCGCACGGGUGACAGAGGACAGCUUUGAUGCAGACCUGAAGAGAGCGCUUGAGAUGAGCCUGGAAGACAGCAAGGGACACUCUGGUGCUGGCUAUGUGCCCCAGUCACAACUGCAAACGCCCAAGCCGCAGACCAACGGAGCAAGCAAGAGCCAAGCUAAGCCAGAGGAAGAAGACGAUGCGGAUCUGAAGGCCGCUAUUGCCGCGAGCUUACAAGACAUGGAGGAGCAAAAGAAGAGGCACGCAAAGGAGCUGAAAGAGCAAUCUUCGCCCUCAACAGCCGCACCAGCUACUCAGUUCAAGCCGAACAAUCAGUUUGAACUAACACCCGUAGAGGCUGAGAACAUCAACCUGUUCGCUACCCUCGUCGAUCGACUACAGCAUCAACCACCGGGGACCAUUUUGAGGGAGCCACAGAUUCAGGAGCUAUAUGAGAGUAUAGGUACACUAAGGCCCAAGCUCGCCAGGACGUACGGCGAGACGAUGAGCAAACAUGACACUCUUCUGGACCUCCACUCGAAGCUGGCAACUGUUGUGCGAUACUACGAUCAGAUGUUGGAGCAGCGGAUGGCGAGUGCGUAUACAGCAGGUCGGUAUGGCGCGCCCCAAAGGUCGAGCAUGUAUCCCAGCAUACCUUCGACCGUGAAUGAAGGCCAAAGUGGGAUGGAAAGCUACUACACUGGGAAUGCGCCUCAGAUGGAUGGGUAUGCUCCGCCACAGCCUCAGGCCGCAUUUUCGGGCUACCCCCAAUCUCAAGCACAAGCGCCUUACCCAUCCUUCGACAAGCGCGUAUCAUCUUACGGCGCACCGCCGCCAGAAGCGUCAUACUACCAGCAACCACAGCAACAGACCUCCGCGCCUUACCCCCAACAACCACCUCCGGAGCAGGCACCACAGCUGCAACGACAAAGCUCCGCCCAGCACUACUCACAAAACUCCUCACAAUACGCCCCGAGCCAUACUUCGCAACACUCAAAUCCACAAGUCACCUCUCCGCCAGCAGAUCCUGCGGCAAGCUUCUACUUUGGCGACCAACAACAGCAGCAACCAUCUGCCCCCCCUGGAACCGGUCACCAGCAGCCGCCAAGCCCGGAAAUGUAUCAUCAACCACCACCUGGCCCCCAACAACAACCCUACCCACAACAACAGCCACCUCCUCAACAAUACCAACAACCACCCCCUCAGCAACCGUAUCAGCAGCCACAACAACCGCCGUUACAGCGCCAGUCGUCGCAGCAAUACUACCAGCACCAAGUACCGCGUCAACAGCAACCACAGCCUCAAUCUGCAGGCCAGUGGCCUCAAGCGCCGGCUGCUCAUGGAGGCUAUGGACAAGAGGCCUUCCCAACCGCGCCACAGCAUGCGCCGCAGGUCAAGGAGGAGAGCUUGAUCGAGUUGUAG